CUGGAAAGCACUUCCGCCACUGCGGGCGAGACAAGAGGACAUCAAAAGAGAAGAAAUGUGGUAACGGAGACAUAAAGACGCACCCGUAAAUCAAUGAAUAUAUUGUACACGCUAUGGUCUAUGUUGAUGUAGUUUCGCGGCAUUUUAGGAAUAGUAUCGUUUUUCAUAGAUUGGGAUAUUAAUUGUGUUCAAUUUUGAACGCAGACAUCGUUCUCAGCUGAGCAACCGCGCUAGCUGGCUAGGAAGCUACUAGCUGGCAAGUACAACGUUAGAGCGCGAGAUGGGUACAAGAUCCAGUCGUUUACAAGAAGAGGCUGUAUCGACGACUUUUGAUAAAGACGGACUUAAACGAGAGUCAUGUCGACGUCUCAGAAGCAACAGGCCAACGAGCCUUAUGGUGGAUUUUUCAGGUAGUUUUGAACACGAUUCGGAAGCAAAUCGUAGUCGCUCUGAAGAAGGAAGCGACUCGGACACAGGGCAGCAGGCGAGUGCCGAUGGAAGCCCGGCUGACCACCACACAUCCCCGUCUCUGGCUAGUGAGAGUACGACUACAUCAGGAGAGAAUACCGUUAGCAGCCAGGAAGGUGAUGUCAGUCCCGGAGAUGCAAUAAACAACGAUGUUGUGGCUGGAGAUGAAACAGGCCGCGUCACUCAUCGUACUUUCUCAGAGCGUUUACCCGGUGGUCGACACACUGCUGGGCGCAACGUUACUGCUAGAUCCGCAAGAGUGCGAGGUGCUCGCCCGAUGUCCGAGGCAUGGAUUGGGCUUUACAGGGUGAACAAUCGACAUGGCACAAUCCGCUGCCCAUUUUGCUCUAAGCCGUUCCCCGGAGGGCGGAUGGAGGAACACCUGUUGAGCUGCCUCACCUCUCCCCCUCUUCCAUACAAUACCGACAUCCUGGCCAAGGACAGCGGGGAGUGCUCCAUCUGCCUGGAGGACCUGCAGCAGGGGGAGACCAUCGCACGCCUGGCCUGCCUGUGUGUCUACCACAAGAGCUGCAUUGACUCCUGGUCCAAGGUGAAGCCAUGUUGUCCUGAACACCCCUUUAAUUGACCCAUUGUGGCCUGCUGUCCCUCUCAGGACCACCGUCUUGGCCUGAUUUUACAUGACGGAGGGGGAGAAAAAAACAAAAAAACAAGUGAUGGAGAAGCAAGAGAUGCGAAAGAUUGACCUCAUUAUUUUAGCCAACAAAGAAAAUGUAUUCUGCUCCCGCCAAACCCGAAUCAACUCCCCUCUGGCUUGGCUGUGAAAACCUGGGCGCUAUCUGUACUCCCCUCCAGGGUCUUGUUUGGGGGAAAGGGAGGUUGACGGGACAUCUACUCUGCUUGCCUUUCCUGGGACUCGUCCUCACUGAAGCUUGCAUUGCCACUCCUCAGCUGUAUAAUGAACAAAGGAAGUGAACCAAAUGAGGAAACGGUGGCUGUUUUGCUCGCAGGUACAACACCUGUGACACUUUGAGCGCUGAUGUCUCUGACUUUAUUUUGUACAGUUGGGGUAGGGGGGGUGGGGUAGAUGGAGAGGGGUGGUUUCAGAUCUUGCUGUGUGUUGACAGUGUGCAAAAGCAACAUGAAAUGUGUCACAUUCUAGAAUGAUUUGAGAGAUUCUAGAUCUCUGUGAGCGUCGUCUGCAGAGGACUGUUUCUUGUUCAUGGUGUGUCGGAGGGGGUGUGUCCACUCUGCACCAUUGAUCCCUGUGCUGCAGGUCGUAUGUUACAACAUUUCUUAUUGGGUGUGAUGCAGGGACUGUGCCGCUACUUGAGCGCUUUUUUUUUCUGCGGUUGCUGGAGAGGUCAGAAGAGGUGUGGAAUGAAGAGUGACGGUUGUGAUUUUUCCCCCCCUUUUUUCCAGUGUGCGUGUGUGUGUGUGUGUGUGUACUGUAGAGUGUGUGUGUGUACUGUAGAGAGUGUGUGUGUGUGUACUGUAGAGUGUGUGUGUGUGUGUGUGUGUGUGUGAUCUGAAGCGACCCAGUACACAUUUCAUAAGUGGAUUGUCAUUUCAUGUGGCUGUGGCGUGCAUGCGGUGGGUUCUCUUCUCAUUAUAGUUGUGUGGGUGCUCUCUCCUCCUCAGUAUUAUUUCCGAGACCACCAAUAAGUCCUCAGUCCGGGUGGUGCAAAUGCUCCCAGUUCAGUUCUGUGGUGUAGAUAUGCCCCUCCUGCUGCCUGUGUCCUCAAUAGACGACUCUGUAGCCUCCCAGGUUGUGUGUUGAGCAGUAGAAGUGGCAAUAGGGCUGUAACGAUACACUCAACUCACGAUUCGGUUCGUAUCCCGAUUUGUUUUUACAGGUAUCUUUUUGAUGAUCAUUUUGGGCAUAAUAGUUUACAAGAGGCUACUAAUAAUAAUUAAAAAUAUAUAUAAUGAUGUUGAUUUGAAGCUUGGAAGCGCUUAUCACAUCAUAUCAUGUGAUUAUUUUCUGGACUGAGCGGUAACAGAACUUUGAAAGGGUGUAUCACGAUACUACCCUCUUGCAUCACGAUAGAGUAUCGUGACUGUUUUGUAUCACGAUUUGUCUGUCCGAUACAGUAUCGUUACAGCCCUACUGGGCAAGGUGUGAGUGAGUGUGUGUCUAAGAGAGGUUGCUGGUGGUUGUGGUGGGUAGCAGUGGGAGGAAAAGGGUAAUGCGUCAAGUAGCUCUCCUCCCUCUUCAUCCUCUCACCUUUUCGUGGCUUGAGGAUGCCCUUGAUGGCACUGAGGUGCGAGGAUGGAGGCUGGAGGGGAAGGACAUUGAUGCGUGUCCCCAUGAACUGCCCCUGCCCCCAGCCAUCUUUCACCGACCUUUCUCAGCCUCCAUUCUUUUGCCCUCUGCCCUUUUGUCACUGUCCAUGUACAAACACAUGCCUCCCCUUGGAUAUGUGGCAUAUUAACGAUGAUUGGCGGGGUGGGGCAGUAACUGCAGUUUUCUUCCCUGUCCCGAGCAGAGGGUUUUUUUUUUUUUUUUUGCGAGACUUGGUGUGAUUUCCUGUUGUAACUGUGUGCCCUUCAGACCACUGGCUCUACAUUUACUUAGUAGUACUCGCUCUCUCUCAUGGGCUUUGAAACAGACACAUGGAAUUGUUGAAGAGAGUUUUAAAUGAAAGCUUUAUAAGUAUUAUUAUAAUAAUUAUUGUUAUUGUUGUUUUUUUAUUAUUAUUAUUCUGAUUAUUGUUACUCCCGUUGAUAUGGAUCUCGGUGGCUGUUGUCUAUGUCCUUGCAUCGCUUGGCUGUCGCCACGUGUGCUGCAGUGGAGCUUUCUCCGUUUCGCUGCCUUCACGGGUGCUACCUUGUUGCCCUCACACACAGGGCAACUCUUCGCAUGUUACCAUUUUUAUUCUCUAAUGGAGAACCCAAGCAAAGCCAAAAGUGUGUGUGUGCUUGUGUGCGUUAGUGCAUGUGUGUGUGCGCGUGUUUGCGUGUCUGUGCACAUGGGUGCGUGCAUGCGUGUGUGUUUGGGGAGAGUGUAGGAAGUAGACUAUGAGAGGAGUUACAGACAGAAUUGUAUGAGAUGCGUGGUUUUUGUGGCGAUUGCUUACAAUGCUGGGGGGUGUCCAAAAAUGUGGAGAAUCCUCCAAUUAAAAAAAAAUGUUACCCUUGGAUGUUUUUCAUUUAACUGAUGUGGUGCAAUACCUCACUCUUUUAAAUUACUAACUUGGGGAGUCAAUGACUCCAAGGCUGAUUAUUUUUUUAUGUAAGAUUUCCAAUGCGUAGCUGGCAAGCGUUCCUUUGGACCCAGUCCUCUGUGAUCUAAGCGUCUGGCCAUUAGAAGAUGGAAGAUUUGGGGUGUUGUGAAGACCACAUUGGUGAUAUCUAAGACAUUGACAAUCUGCCUUCUUUCAGAUAAAGAACAAUUGAGUAUUUAUUUAUUAAAUUGUAAAUAUGUAUGGCAAUUCAAAAUACCUUUGUCUCUUGUUUGUUCAUUUUACUGUUUCUAUGCCCAAAUAUUUUGUAUGUCUGAAAGAGUGUUUUAUAUGUAUUUUUUACAAUAAAUAUGCUUAAUGUGUGAACUGUAAAUGUUCGGACAUUUA